AUGUCCUGGGAAACUGCCUACGCCUGCAUUAUCAUCACUACUCUUACGGCGCAGUCAAGAGCACAGGGACUGAUAACCGACGUCGAAGGAGAUGGAUAUGGAUAUGGUACAAAAUCAACCUCCAAGUCAAUGUCAGCGGGGAUGAUCGUGCUAUGCGUCGUCGCAGGAUUAGUGGUUCUCAUCGGAAUCCUCACAACAACUUUGUUCAUCGUCGCCAAAAGACGCCAAUGGGCCAUGCGCGAGGUCAUUACACGGUCUGCUCGACGAGCUACGCAGGCCAUCAAGACCCCCUUGUCUGCCAGGUUUCCGAAAUCUCAGGUCCCACGAGGAAUGGGCUCGGAAUACUCUACCAAUCGAGCCGAGGAAAGAAGCCAAAAGCCGAAGGUCAACCCAAGACACAACGAUAUAGAGAAGAACUCUCUGAUCACGGAAACGGAAAAGGCUAGAAAUGGGGGCAACGGUCGGACGUGGGGGUCAUUGUUCUCCUUUCGUCAUCCAUAG